AUGUCGUCUGAAGCAUUCCAGGAAUGGAUUAACACGUAUAAGCUUUCCCGCUGCAGACACUCCCCAAUGAUGGAAGAAGUUCUGGCCAGACUUCUGGCAGACCCUGGGGAGGAGGAAGACAAUGAAGGGGGAGAUGAAUGUGAGGGAAGCAUGGAGGUUCCAGGAGAUCUGGGCAACUCAGGGUCGGGCUUCGCUUGGGGGGAAGGGGAUGACUUCUCCAUGCCAGAUAAUGGGAUAGACGUGGACUUGUGUCCUAGCACCCCUCAAAAAUCCAAUCCGAUACCACCAAAGACGCCCAUUCCUGCAAAAGUACAACGCACUGGCCCAGAUGCAGAGGCCAACCUCCUUUACCAGCAGUGGCAGGCUCUCAUUCCCCGCCUCAUGUCCCCAUUCCUUUCCUUCAUCUCAGCUACCCAUGGAAAAAAGACCUUUCCCCUCGAUGGGUGGUAUGACAGCCUGCAAGUUCAGAUUGAACAAGAACUCGAAGCAGUGACUGUGGCUGGUGAUGCCGCCACUCCUUGCUCCUCGGAAACCAACCCGGCUACCAUCACCACCCCUGAGGCACCCAUACCCAAACAGUUGACCCCUGAUUACAGUCUAGCAGAACCUCCUCUGUCCCUUGUCAAUGCGCGAGGGUUCUACAGCAACGCUGUCCAGCUUGCUUUGGAUUGCGGAUGUUUGGGUGUUCGGGAGCAAUUCCCUGAACCAUCAAAAACGGUCAAGAAUUGGUUGAGAUAUGGCCAAAAACAUUUUUAUACAUGUGAUUCAACUAGAAUUAAAAUAUCUAUCUACGUAUGCAAUGUAUGCUAUGCUGACCAGGAUGUUCCCAGAGGCGCUGAUUUCAUUGUCACCACUGAUGGCAAUUUCAGCCAACGCCACAGAAAAGAUGCGGGCGAUUGUCCUGAGUUCUACAGGCCAGAAUACUUUCUUACCAAGGCUGGGUUGACCAUCAAAAUGAAUAUGGAUCACUAUGACGAUGGAGGAGUGAUGGCUCUUGUUUGCCACCAUGAUGCCCCCCUCUUCCUCGCCAACCUCGACACUCCUGCCUUAACUUCUGACAACGACGCAUCUGGAUGCUUGAUCGUCAAUCCUGUUCAGUACUUUAUAGUGCCCCUCCCAUUCCUGCAGGAAUCCACAGGAAUCCACAGGAAUCCGCAGGAAUGGAACCAGAUUCCACAGGAUUCCACAGGAAUGGAACUGGAUUCCGCAGGAUUCCACAGGAAUAGGACCGGAAUCCACAGGAAUAGGACUGGAAUGAAUAACCCAUAUCUCAAGCAAUAG